AUGUUAGAUCGUCUUUCAUCAGAUAUUGAAGAUAAUCGGAAACAAAUUAUUGUCAAUCAUUUAUCACCACACAAUAACAAUGAUAUUAUGUUUAAUCAAGUCUAUAAAGAACUUCAAAAUAAUUACUGUUCAUCACCAUUUAUUUCAUUAUUUUUACACUUAGACGGCAUUAGUUUAUGUAAAUCAAGUAAACUUACAUUAUGGUUGUUCAGUUGUAGUUUUAUUGAACUUCCUGUUCAUCUACGGUAUCACCGCUUUAACAUGGUUAUUCUUUCAGUCUGGGUUGGUCAUCAAGAACCACUUAUUGAUUUAUGGUUAUCUGAAUGUUUAAAUCAACUGAAACAUCUUAAGAAUAAAAGUAUUUAUGAACUUUUUUCAGUGAUAAGAUUUACCAAACAACAAUAUUAAAUGCAGUGCAUAGAGUUGAGAUUAGUCGUAAAAAGAAAGUAGUUCUUCGAAACCAAUCGAUUUUAAAGAAAAUAAGUCAAUUCAUUCAUCAGGAAAAUUUUUUCUUGUAUAAUAUAGCAUAAUAUUGCUCAACAACUGUUGAAUAAUUUUUUGCAUCAAUUUUUGCUAACCUGAGAUAUUAUUACAUUUCCAAAGUAAGUUCUUAUUUUAAUAAUUUUUUAUUUUUAGAUGAUUUAUAAAUAAAUUUUAUUUUUAUUUAUAGAUGAUUUAUAAAUUUUAUUUUUAUUUUUAGAUGAUUUAUAAAUUUUAUUUUUAUUUUUAGAUUAUUUAUAUAUUUUAUUUCUAUUUUUAGAUGAUUUAUAAAUUUUAUUUUUUUUUAGAUGAUUUAUAAUUUUUAUUUUUAGAUGAUUUAUAUAUUUUAUUUUAUUUUUAGAUGAUUAAUAUAUUUUAUUUUUAUUUUUAGAUGAUUAAUAUAUUUUAUUUUUAUUUUUAGAUGAUUAAUAUAUUUCAUUUUUAUUUUUAGAUUAAUAAGAAGGACAAAUCAAAAUAAAAGUGUUAAUAUUAAUUAAUGCGGGUGCCCAGCCCGGUUGGAGGUUUCAUUUCUUUUUUCCUGAUGCAGCUCCAAUGAUAUAUCAAAUAAAUAUUAAUGUUUUAAAAUAUAACUUUUAGAACAUUAAUAUUUAUUUGAUAUAUCAUUGGAGCUGCAUCAGGAGAAAAGAAAUGAAACCUCCAACCAGGCUGGGUACCCACAUUAAUUAGUUUUUGUGUUAUUUUGAGAGCGGAGGGGAACGGGGGGGGAGGGAGGGCAAAUUGAAAAACCUUAUGUGGAAUACGGUAACAAACGACAUUGUAUACGACCGUUUACGAUCGUUUACAGUGGUCGUAUAGACGUCGUAUUUCGCCGUAUACGACACGACGAUAUACGGUCGUAAUUCUGGCGUCAAGUAAUACGGCGAAAUACGGUCGUAUACGAUCGUAAUGUACGCCGUAUACGACCGUACACGAUCGGAUACGCCGUCGUAUACGAUCGUUUACGACUGUCGUAAUCCUCGUCCUGGGU